AUGCUUCGCGAUAUCCUGGCUCUCCUAGUAAACUGUCGGUCUUUUGAGGUCUACUACGGGGCAACGCCAACGGACCAAGAUACUCCUGCUUCCUUGGGUGGUAGCAGCGCCGCCAGCACUAUCCUGUAUGCCAUCGCUGAAAGAGGCUUACCGGUCAAGUCUCUGACAUUAGGUCAACGAGCCGGUUAUGAAACAGAGACGGAUAUUUGGGCUCACGGCAGCGUCGAGGGGCAUUUGUUAAGUAUCCACGAUUUUGAAACGCCAACAUUCAUCACUGCGGUAUCCUAUCUCCAAAGCCUCACACUCAAAUAUGAGUUAAAAUUCCAAGGUGUCUAUUGGACCCUAGAGCUACUACGCGCCGCCAACAACCUCGAAAAGUUACAUGUCUGCUUUGAUGUGCAUAUAUCGACAGCCUACUUCUUUCAUCACUUAAUCAUCAGGGAUACACUCCCGUGUCUGCGAGAGCUUACUCUCGAAUCCUGUUUAUUCGCUUCGUCAGGCACCGUUAUUGCCCUUCUUCGCAGUUUUCGCUCAACUCUACGUGUUCUUUCACUCAAUCGCGCUAGAUUAGCCGCCAACAACUGGAUAUCAGUUCUUCAUGAGCUUCGAGAUAAUAUUCAGUCCUUAACCAAGAUCAAAUUGUAUGAUCUAAGGGAGGGCGUGAGAAGCAGCGAAUCGGCAGGUAUGGUUGUUAAUUUCCCAGGGCUACAUGAGAACAAACUUUUCUUCAAGAGGCCCAGAGCGGAGACCCCCUGGAUAGAUGACUGGGAAAAGGAAGUGGAUGCUGAAUAUAGCGGCCAAGAUAUGAAAGCAGCUUUGCAAGUCAUUGCAAGCAUAGCGAGGGUUGACUACUUGGUGGUGGUCCUUCUACCGGGUGGCUCGAGAUGCCAUCAGGAUGUGAUCGUGGGAAGUAGUGUUGCUGUUGACCUGAUUGAUUUGGAGUAUAUAUCUGCUGGGGCGGCGCGGGGCCUUGAUUUGGAGCAUAUCCAUACUGUGGCGAGUGCUGUUGAGGAGGCGGUGAUUGUGCAGGAUAGGGGUAUGGCUGCUGUUGCUGCUGGGUAUAGGUUUGCUGCUGGUAUGGUUGUUGAGAAUAUGGAUCUUGAGGUUGUGGCUGUUGAGGGAAUGGCUGUUGAGGGUAAGGCUGCUGUGGAUAGGGUUGUCCAUUCGGCGGUACAGGUUGAGGAGUCAUGUUUUGCAGGGGAACCGGCUGGGGAGGCAGCGGGCUACCUUGACCCAUGA